AUGCGACGAUUCUUAGGCUGGCGGUCGAAAGCCGCGAUAACUGAAUCGGCGGGUCAAGAAAGCCAGUCAGAGCGACCACCCGCCGCGGCCCCGUCUCCGACGAAGACUUUCCCCUCGGGCAUCAAGCCGCUCUGCAGCCCGGCAGGUGCCAUCGCCGACAUUGUCUUUGUCCACGGCCUGACAGGCGACCGCGAGAAGACAUGGACCGCCAGCGACGCGCCUGAGCCAUGGCCCAAGGCCCUCCUCCCGUCCGAACUCCCGACCGCGCGCGUCCUCACAUUCGGAUACGAUGCAUACGUGACGGAUUGGCGGGGCAUGGUGUCGCAGAGUCGAAUUGCCAACCACGCGUGGAAGCUUUUGACGUCUCUCGCGUCGUAUCGAGAGAAGGACGAUACGAAUGAACGGCCGAUCAUAUUUGUCUGUCACAGCCUGGGGGGGCUGGUAUGCGAGGAUGCAUUGUGCACAUCGAGACAGCGAACGGAACCGCACCUCCACAACGUCCUGCGGCUGACGCGCGGCAUCGCCCUUCUCGGGACGCCACACCACGGGUCAGGGCUGGCACGAUGGGCCGAGCUGCUGUCGCGAUCCAUUGGGAUCAUCAAGCAGACCAACACACAAAUCGUUGAGGUGCUUAAGCGCGACUCGGAGGUGCUCGCACGGAUCCAGGACGGUUUCCACACCAUGGUCCUAGCCCGUGGCAGGGAGGGCCAGCCGAUCGAGAUCAGCUGCUUCUUCGAGGAGCUGCCUUUGCCAGGUAUCGGCCAGGUUGUGCCACAGGAUUCGGCGAUUCUGCCUGGGUACAUCCCGAUCGGGAUCCACGGCAACCAUAUGGACAUGACCAAAUUCGCUGGCGUGGACGACCCUGGUUUUCAGGCAGUUUGCGGAGAGCUUCGACGAUGGGUUAAGAACAUGAGUGCGUUGGAGAAACAUAGUCCGGGUGCAUCUGGGAGCAAUGCUACCAUGACCGAA